GAACCGGUAAACAAACAAACAAUAUUCGGAGACAUUUUAUCAAUAUUUUGUAGAAAAUCUCUUAUUGUAUUUUCAAAGACAUAAGCAACUAAAUAAUUUAUUCUUUAAUUCCAAUUAUUAUUAAAGUUCUAGAAAGUGUUCACAUAAUAAAGAAUAAUUGAAUAUAAACAUGAGUUCACAAGGUGUUGACAUUUUUUCAAUGUUAAACAAAGCACAAACAGAGUUCAAUCAACAGCAAAACUCAGUAGCAGCUUUCUUCAGACAGGCAAGUACAAAUGGAGCUGUUACUAAUAACAAUGCUCCGACCCGGUCGAUGCCAAUGCCAAUCAAGAAUUUAAAUUCUCUGGAGCAAAUCGAAAGACAAAUAAGAACAUCACCACCAUCAAUCCACGACGCCCAGAACAACAACGCAUUACAAGCAACAAAUCAAACAAAUGAUCUUGCAAAUUCACCGCUGGCUCAGUUUUUUAAUUCAAAUAAUUUGAAUAAUACUGCUGGUUUUCAAGCUCCAACACCAGAAGUUAAAGCUCCUCAAGAGAAACUAUUAAACGGACAAAAGCCAAAAGUUACAGCACCGCCUGGUUUUAACAACAAAGUGCAACCUCAGCAAAAGAAUCUUUUGUCAAGUGUAAACAAGGAAACUACUAAAUUGAUAACUCCGACAAUGUUUACACCGUCAAACAACAAUGAAAAAAAGUCACCAGUUGCAGAGCCGUUGACUAAGAAUCAACUGCUUCAGGCCUUGAAUUAUCUAAUCGAAAACGACGAUGACUUUAUGAAAAAGGUCCACGAGGCUUACAUAAAAUCACUUAAAGGAUUAGCUUCUUAAUUCAUGAAACAACACACAAACUAUUUAAAAUGUCUGCAUUUUUAUUAAGUGUCUAUCGAAUAAUCUUUAACAUUCAUAAUGAGGUUCUGAACGGAAGUAAAAAUAAGUUCAAAGCUUAAGAGGAAAUUCAGAAGACUUUUUACGAAAUUUUAAUGAAAAUGAAUAAAUUUUCCAUAUGAAAACAUUUUCCAUCGAACGAUCUCGUUACAAUGCGUUGUCACUUUAUUAGAACGCAUUGGUUAGUUAGGUUCGAUUGGAAUAAUGUCCAACUGUUAAAUGUUCUUAAAAUAUUCAUAGAAUCAAUUCUCUUUGAUGUACCUUACUUUCAAACUCCUUCUGUUCUUUAUUAAUUAUUAAGGAUUAGCUGAUGAUACAAAGUGAAAUUAAAAGUAUUCGAUUAAAAAUAAAAACAAAGAUUUGAAUAGUUGUAUUGAAA